ACUUAGGUUUGGGCUUUAAAAACAAAUAUAAAAUGUGUGUUGUCGGUGGAUUCAUUGAUUUUUGAUAGUCUGCUAAGCCAAGCUAAAGCCUAUUGUGAAUUACUCCUCUGCUGGGCAAAAGCUUAUCUCCAUUCAUUCCGUACCAACAACAAAACCAUCACAUUUCUCGUUCACUCGCACGCAAAACCUCCACUUCUAUCCACAAAUUCACGUAGGUGAAGAUGAACGCCGGUGAUGCUUACGGUGUAGUGGAGGCACAGUACAUAUGGAGACACCAUAGACACCAGCCUAAAGAGAACCAGUGCACUUCUGCUCUCGUCAAGCACAUCAAAGCUCCUGUUCAUCUUGUUUGGUCACUGGUGAGGCGAUUCGAUCAGCCGCAGAAGUACAAGCCAUUUGUGAGUAGGUGCGUUGUGAAUGGGGAGACUGGAGAGCCUGGGAUUGGAAGCGUCAGGGAAGUGAAUGUUAAAUCUGGACUUCCUGCUACCACUAGCACCGAGAUGCUGGAACUCCUUGACGAUGAGGAGCACAUUCUUGGAAUCAAGAUUGUUGGUGGAGAUCAUAGGCUAAAGAACUACUCAUCAAUCAUGACUGUCCAUCCUGAGGUUAUUGAUGGAAGACAUGGGACGUUAGUUAUAGAGUCAUUUGUGGUGGACGUGCCUGAGGGGAACACUAAGGAUGAAACAUGUUAUUUUGUGAAGGCUCUCAUCCAGUGCAAUCUCAAAUCUUUGGCUGACGUUUCAGAGAGGAUGGCGGUGCAGGGCUGGUUGAACCCAUCAAUCGAUUCUGAAUAAGUGGUUUCUGAGUAUUUGAAGUCAUUAGGAUGGCUGUGCCAUUUGAGGGUUGUAAUUCCAAAGGCCUUGUAGAGUUUGGUGGGAGUGCUUCUUCCAUAUUCCCAGAAGUUUUGCAUGCAUUUCACACCUCUUGAAGACCCUUUCUGCCUGCUUUUGCUUUGUCUCAUUUGUCUCUCAGCAUCAAAGGUGGGGUUUCCCCUGCAUUAGUUUCUAAGUUCUUAGACAAAUUUCCUCAAAACUUGUUAUGAAUGGGAAAGGAUCGGCUCUCUUUCACUGUUGCUUUGUUUAGUUUUUGCAUGGUGGUAUGUAAAUUAUUAUGGCCAUAUCUGUAAAUAUCCAUGUAAUGCCUUUGAACUGUAGGUUUUUAUCUCUUAGUUGCAGCUUCCAGGUGCAGGGAUUGCUAGUGACGAACUUAAAGUAGCAGUGUUUUGUUGAUUUUAAUUUAAUUUUACAAUAUCCUCUUCAGCGCA